GCGCUGGACCAAGGGGGAGGUGCCCGGUCGCUUCUCCCGCGUCCGCCAUUUUGUUGCUGUGGCUAUUGGGAGCGGGCUGGGUAAGACGGCCCGGGAGGCGCGACUCUUGUUGGAGUGCGGUGCUUCGUGUGACGGCGAGGAUCGGUGAGACUGCGGAGCCGGCGGGUUCCAGGACAGAAGUCACUGGAGCCUCUCCUGUACUCCGGACAGCUGAGAAGCCCGAGGCGGCCUCCGCUACUGCUCAGCUUCGCCCACCUCGACCCCGGGGCUUUGCCCAGUGUUCCCUGACCGGCUCUAUCCGUGAGGUGGCCCGGUGCAGGAGGGCGGUGGCGGUGGCAGAGGAUGCUGCGGGGCCCGGAGCCUAGAGGAACGUCCUGACCAAGCCUUCUGAUUGUUCCUCGAAGUGUUCCGAGAGGCCCUUCCUCGACCCCAAAGCCGACAGCGGGUAAAGGCUCUCCGAGCAAGCGAGAGCAGCAGACGCCGCCCAUCCCCGGGCCCAGCACCAUGUCCUCCGCCAGGUUUGAUUCUUCAGACCGCUCUGCCUGGUACAUGGGGCCGGUGUCUCGUCAGGAGGCACAGACCCGUCUCCAGGGCCAGCGCCAUGGCAUGUUCCUAGUCCGGGACUCAUCUACCUGCCCCGGGGACUAUGUACUGUCCGUGUCCGAGAACUCGCGUGUCUCGCACUACAUCAUCAACUCCCUGCCCAACCGCCGCUUUAAGAUCGGGGACCAGGAGUUUGACCAUUUGCCGGCCUUGCUGGAGUUCUACAAGAUCCACUACCUGGACACUACCACGUUAAUCGAACCGGCGCCCAGGUACCCAAGCCCACCAAUGGGUUCUGCCUCAGCAUCCAACUUACCUACAGCAGAAGAAAAUCUGGAAUAUGUACGGACUCUGUAUGAUUUUCCUGGGAAUGAUGCUGAAGACCUACCCUUUAAAAAGGGUGAGCUUCUAGUGAUAAUAGAAAAACCUGAAGAGCAGUGGUGGAGUGCCCGCAACAAGGACGGCCGGGUUGGGAUGAUUCCUGUCCCUUAUGUUGAAAAGCUUGUGAGGUCCUCGCCACAUGGAAAGCAUGGAAAUAGGAAUUCUAACAGUUAUGGCAUCCCAGAACCUGCUCACGCAUAUGCUCAACCUCAGACCACAACUCCUCUACCUACAGUUGCCAGUACUCCUGGGGCAGCGAUCAACCCUUUGCCAUCCACACAGAAUGGACCUGUCUUUGCAAAAGCAAUCCAGAAGAGAGUACCUUGUGCUUAUGACAAGACUGCCUUGGCAUUGGAGGUUGGUGACAUUGUGAAAGUCACAAGGAUGAAUAUCAAUGGCCAGUGGGAAGGCGAGGUGAAUGGGCGCAAGGGGCUUUUCCCCUUCACACAUGUUAAAAUCUUUGACCCUCAGAACCCUGAUGACAACGAGUGAUUGCUGUGCUGUCCCUGCUGCUGCCUCCUUCUGCCUGUCAGUCUCCUUUGAAGUGGGAAGCACUCUGUCACAUGCAAGUUACACCGAGCUGCUGGUGGCCGGCUUUCCAUACAUUGGCGGUCCCUGCACAUUCGGAAUGCCUCAGCAGCUGCCUCGCUCGGCAUUUGUAUCAUAGUCAUGCUGUCAAAGAGUAGCUGAUUUUAGAGUUCUUGUGGAUUAUGAACUGGAAACACUGGUGGAUGCACACAGUAGAGAGAAUUUAACCCAGAGCGGCUCUUCCUUCUCAUCACUGCCUUGUUUAUACUGGAGGCUGAUUGUCGUGCUCGCCAGAGAGUGAGCCUGCUGAUGGUCUGCAUGGACACCGUGAGGCUUGGCAAGAUUGUGCUGUUGCUGGUCCACAGAACAGUGGCUUUGCCACCAACCUGAUUUUCUUUGGACAACAGAGGAAGUAAAACUCCAGACAUUUCUGUCCUGAACUCCUGAAGUCUGGCUUGUUUUCAUUUUCUUUUGUUUAGUUUUGUUUUUGGAAGACUAAUUAAUUAUAGUUGUGUGUUCUGAACAGAUUUUUAAGUAGUAGGUUGGAUUUUUGUGAUGGUCUAAGGAACAAUCCAUGUCCCUGAGCUUCCACACUGAAGCCGCUGUAUGUAACUAAAAAUAUGAAAAGACCCCCUGAAGUAGAAGCCUUUAUCUUUUGGUUGCCAACAGUACCUUGUUUAGCAUGUGGCAAACAGUAUGCACAAGCAGCAGUCAUGGUGUGCUGUGCUAGGAAGCACCAAGGUGGGGGUGUGGGCCUGUUGCUGUCAUCGUUGCCUCUGAGAGGAGCAGACGGGGUGGAUCUCUUCAGUGAGCACACCCCUUUGAGAAUGUAAUGAAGUCUGUGGGCUUACUAGAUUCACGAGCUAAAUUGUAUUGCUAUGUUCCACCACAAAGAGCACGUAGCCCUUGUACAGACCUAGCUUGUCCAGGCAGCUCGAGAGUUAUGUCUGUUCUGCUUCCACAGUCUGAGUAGAACCAGAAUACAGUGCUUCUGAGCAAAAGAAGAUGCCCAUCAACCAUGAGCCAUUUUCCUGCAUGACCGCUAGUACAAAUGUGUGUCUAUUCCCUCAUCCACACAUGGCAAACCAGAGUUCUAGAAUCUUUCUAUAGUGCACUCCUUCAGCUGGACCUUGAUGAGGACAAGCCUCCACACAGAACACAGCAGAUGUAGAAAUGUAGCAGUGAGUAGUGAGUAGCUCUAGCAUUUACAGAGUAUCUUCUGUAACAUGGCCCUGGCUCUGGAGGCCUUAGGCUUUGAGAACUAAUGGAACAUAAUCAGGUGACAAAACCAACAAAACCAUUUGUUCACUAUAUUUAUUUCUCUUAAAGACUUUUUAAAAUUUUGUUUAUGUUGGGCAUGGUGGCCACACCUUUAAUGCCAGUACUCAGAAAGGCAAAGGCAAGUGGAUGUCUGAGAGUUCAAGACUAUCCUGGUCUAUGUUGUGUGUCAUAGGACAGGCAGGCCUACAUGCAUACCUUGUAUCAGAAAACUGCCCCACCUCCCCCCAAAAAACUGUAUAUGGGUGUUUCCACUAUGUCUAGGUAUAUAUAUCACAUGGGUACAGUUCAUAAGAAGGCCAGAAAAGGGUGUUGGUUGGUUCCUCUGGAACUACUAUGUGGGGUCUAGGAAUUGAAUCUGGGUCCUCUGCAAGAGCAGCAAGUGCUCUUAAUCACUGAGCCAUUUCUUGAGCCCCAUCAGUUUAUUUUCUCUUUAAAUCAGUAGUCCAUCAGGCUGAUAAGUGCCAUAGUAAAGAAUGUUCAUGUGACAAAGUAAUGGUCAUUUGGGGUAUGGGGGAAUAUCACGUCUGUGGUAGAGGUUAUUUCUUUUUGUCUCUGAAAGCUGCCAUUUUUAGCCAGACUUAAUUGAGUGGACUUAAGUGUUCAGGUCCCAAACUUGCCUAGAACAAGACUUAAGACUUGCCUUCUGGCCAGUUACACACAGUUCAGCCCUAGGCCUUUGAUGCCUCCACUAGAAUACAUUCACAGAGGGCACAACCUCCAAGGAAUCGAACCGUUACUGGGGCUUGAACCUCAUGCCUUACACAUGCUAGAUAACCAUCUGCCAAUGAGCUCUCUUUAAAUUUGAGAUGGAAUCUCUAUAAAUUGCCCAUUCUGGCUUCCAGAUUUCCAUCCCAGCCUUAGCUGGAAUUACAAAGGUUUGAGUCACCACACCCAGCUCUUAAGGCUUUUUAAAACUACAUUUAACUGAAGGGCUUGGUGCCUUUUGAUUAUAGCACCUAGCUCAGCACAAACAGCCAUUUUUGAGAACAGGGUUUCCCUUCUCCCAAGACUGGUGACCAGCAAGACUCGGUAAGGAGUACUUCGUGAUCAGAAUGUCCCAUAACCCUGGAGUUUGGUUUAUGUAAUCAAUUAAUUUGGCACAUAUAAAUGUCUACACAGCUUCCUCAGAGAUCCAGAUCUUAAAAUAAAGACUCAACUUUCUGAACUCUCAGGAUACAGCCAACAAUAGUAAUUUCCUGACUUAGAAGCUCAUCGGUUUUUAAUCAUGAAAUCUUUCACACUGAUGGAAAGUGGCGUCUUCCCUAAGUCCCUCUCUUCGGGGAAGACACUUGGCCUCAGGGGAGUAUGAUUGAGGCUUUUCCUUUUCUCAUCAUCAGUGCUUUGUGGUCUGCUCUGCUAUGUUGUAGAAAGUACUAGGAUGAUAAACCCACUCACUAUGGCUGUUCUGAGGAGGAAACAAUUAGGUAGUCAGGGUCAUUGAGGGCUAGUUAGUCCUGGUGACAGUCUCCAACUUCCACCCCCAACCCCCAUGCAGAAGACGUGCUCGUCGAUUCUGCACUGCUUUGAUGCCACCUGUUUCAAGGGUCACCCAGGCUCAACCCCUCUGUGCUCACCGGAAGAGACCCUGUGCCCUCUCUUGGAGUUGGACAUUCCUGGCACUGUGCCAGCCUUCCUCUACAGCUGUUUACAGACAAGAUGGGCCAAGACUGAUGGCCACUGCUCUUGUAACUUUUGCUCAAAAGAAUAAUGAGCAUUUUUUUUUUAAAAAGGGAUGAUGUGUUUCUGUUCCAGGUGUUCAUAAUUUAAUCUUUUAAUAUUAUGUUCAUUAACCUCUUAAAAUGAGUGAAUUCUUGAUUGUUUUAACACAGUACCUAAGACUAAUGCUUUCUGUGGACUCCUCACUAUGGAACCAGAGAACCAUAUCCCUGGUAACUGCUGUGAGCGUGGACACUGAGCUGCUUGUAUAUUCUAAAGGAGCAGGAAGACAGUUCUCUGAAACAGGAGGAACAGUGGCCUUGCUUCUAGACGGUCUUCACUGUGUGUUUUAAAAUGACAUAAAACUCUUUUGACAUGUAUAACUUAAAGAUCAUAAGUAUCAGGCAAUAAUAUUUUCUGUGUAAGCUUUUAAAAUUAUUUUUGGGGAUCAUAGCUUGUUUUAUUUUGUGCUAUAAAAUUAACAGUAUUAAAUGACUUAUAUUCUUAGAAUACAUUGAGUGUCUUUUCUUAACAGAUUAGUGCCUUUUUAUUUUUGUAUUCCAUUUUGCGUUACUGGUCCCAGCAUCAAAACCCUUGUUUCCAUGGCCUGUUUGUACAUUGUCUCAAUAAAACUUGCACCAGCCGGCGUGGCAGCA